AUGCUUGGAUCGGCUUUGCAGCAUGAUCGUGAACGAUGCCUGGCACGUGCUCUGUUGGCCUCAGAAUGUCGCUCUGCGGAGUCGUCCAGUCCGUCGAGCUCGAAGACGGGCUUGCCGAUGCUGUUGAAGAUUCGCCGGUCUUGGUGUGGGACUACAGCAGCCGAUUCAUCCAGUACGCCUCUCAUGCGCAGGCAAUCGCUCUCACUGGGUGCAGACGGAUGGGCCGUGGAUUCAAUGCCAACCCUAAGCGAUCCUGUGCCGACAUAUGUGCAAGGCUGCAGCAUGAUGGCUGCCAUGUGCCUGGGGUUUACUGCUGGCCGAGAAGAAGAAGGCUUUUGGCUCUUCAUACACCUUCUGGAGGAUGUGCUUGGGCCCGAUUUCUUUUCUCGCCAACCUGCACUACUGGGAUAUCACGGAGACCGGGCUGCGGCUGCAGCGCUGGUGGCAUCUCAGAGUCCCAGCCUGGCGGAGCUCAUGGGGGUCCAAUGUUUGGGCGAGUCCAUUUCCGCCCUGGCGUCACGUUGCCUACUCUCAGGAUUUGUGGGCUUCCUCUCGGGCCCUCCUCUUGUCGCGUUUUGGGAGGAACUGCUUCAAGUGCGUUGCACUGACUUCCCGCGCCUCCCUCUGAUAAGCUGGUUGGCAGGGCUGGUGCACCACGCUGAAGGUCAGCUGGCAUCGGCACUGGUUGGUCUGUCCAGUGAUGAAGCUGUGCCGGUCUUCUUUCGAACAGUUCAGCAAGCUGCUAAAGCACUGCCGAACAACUGGCGCCCUCGAGUACGAGUCUCACGGGCUCAAGUCUUGGAGCUGCGGCAGAUCUCGAAGGCGGCCGCCGAGAAGUACCGAAGUGCCCAGGAAGCACUGAGUCUCAAGGAGAUCCACGCGAAGAACGUGUCGGCCUCCUUGGACAGGACCUGCUCGGCACUCCUCGACGCCAUGAAGUUUGCUGAAGUCAGCAGCUCCGCCGCAUCCGCUGGAUCCGGCGCUGCCGCCGCGCAGAGCUCCAGUGGAAAGCAAGCCCACCGUGCUUUUGCCCGGGGUGAAAGGGAUCCGUUAAAAUAUCUGCAACAUCAAUCUGCAGCAAGAGCUAAAUGGUGCUCGAAGCGUAACGGUAGCAUGUUCUUGAAGGUGCAUGGAACUCAAGCCCAUCGGAGCGUGCGACAACAGAAGCAGCAUCUGGACGGAAGAACUAAGCACAUGACCCGUGACAACACUUGGUAUUCGGCAACGGCAGCCAAAUCGCCCGAUCCACCGCGCCACGCGAGGCCUUUCAUUUAG